AAAUCACAAUACUUAUCAUAUGUGGAAAUGACACUGAUAUGACUUUACUCUUUUGUUAUCUUGUUGAGUCUUUUCUUGGUACAAGACGUAGUAAUAAGGUAGAUUUGAGUCAGAUUAAUUACUGUAAUGGUACAUAAUUAGUUGGCUUUAUUUAGAACAUCACCGUUAAGUAGCAUUUAUGCAAAAUUUUUGCAUAUAAUGCAUUUUAGCAAGGGUAAAAACAAAUAAUGUUUGUACUUUGUAUUGACGACAUACCAGCUAAGGUAUUAAGUUGAAGCACUGAUUUAACCAGCUUUUUCUUUUUUCUUCCAAAGUAUUCUAUAAAAACACUGGUGACUGUUGGAUUUGUUGUAAUGAGACUUUUUCUUGACAAAUUAAUCGUAACCCAAAGUGUUAAUCGAUCAGAUUGAUGGUACUUUCAUUUUGGUACUUGCAUUUUAAGGAAAGCGUGGUACUUUUAUCUGUAAAACCUAAAUAAUGUCAGAGUCUUGCUGAAUGAUAUUUAAUUUUAACCGAAUGUGAUCCAUGUAUUUUAGUUGUUGUUGCCACUUUGCUUUUAAAGAUAAAUUCUCAGCUUUUAUGAAAGAAAUACAAUCUCACCAAAUAUGGUUUUUUAGACAUUGAAUUUUUAUUAUGUGAAAUUAUGUAUUUGAAUAAUUUAAACUUGCAGAAACUGCACUUUGUUUUGUGGAAUGUGUAAGUGCUCUACAGGGGGGAGGUCCUUACCUGCUUUACGGCUGUUAGCUGCUAUGCUAGUAGUUAGCUUUUUCAGUUCGAUGAUCAUUAGUAAAAAGCGCAAGAAGAAAACAUAGUUUGCUUUUCCUGUUGCCAUCAUGGUGGAGCCUGGAUUUAAAUUUAAGAGAGUAAUGUGUUUGGAGACUAAGAAAAUAGCUAAAACUAGAAUGACCAUCGGCAUGGCCUUCAUUAGUUUGAGGGAGCUAAAGGAGGCUACAAAAUCACUGACUAAUGACCUGGCUUUGUUGCUGCUGAAUUUGUAAUAUGGUUGCUCAACAGAUUGGAUCUUUUUACUUUGUGGUUUAUUUUAGUAUUAGUUGGUUCAUGUAGCGCUAGCUACAGCGGGCUGCUGCAAGGUUACACCAGCAAAACUUGUAUCUGUAAUAAUUCACCUGGAGAAUUUCAGCUCCAAAUUUUCAACAUCAGCUAACAUUCAGUGGCAGAAUUUCAGCUCCAGAAAUUCAACGAGGUUGAUCUCCCGUCGACCCAAGCCAAAACAAUUGUCACUCAAUCUAGUCGAUGCCUCACUGGUGUCAUGUGAUCAGAGAAUCACGACUUGAUUGGCUAAAAGCCACUCGACAUAAUCAAGCGACAAUCAUUUUGGCUUUGGUCGUAAGGAGGUCACUUCAGUUGGUGGACUUUUGCGGCUGAAUUUCUGAGGUUGAAUUUUGUCUGUUAAAUUUGUGAUUUAGAAUUUCUGCUAAUGAAAUUUUUACAUUUAAAUUCUAGUUUUGAACUUUUGAGGAGGAAAUCCUGCAGUUGAAUUUUAAGUUAAAAAUUUCAAAAACAUUUUCACAGAAUAAAAAAAUCUAAGUCAUCAAUUCAAUGUCUAAUGAAGUCAUUUUGGUGAGACUGUAUUUCUUUUAUAAGCUUACCACAUCAAAACAAGAUUACUUAAAGAGCAAGUCACCCCUAUCAGAGUAUUACUCCACUCUCAACAUUUCUAAAUUCUUUUUUAUAUUUUUUACAUUUUUGUUUUUGUGAAGCCCCUCGUGAUUUUUAUCUUGAGAGGCGCUAUAGAAAUGAUAUUUUCUUCUUCUUCCCCUUCACUCUCACUUCCUGUUUGAAAAAUGCAACAAAUGCUGUUGCCUAGCAGCCCGAGAGGGCGAAGCCGCUAACAAAUACACACUCAGGCUCACAACGACAUUGUGACAUCAUAUGGUACCAGCUAACGUUCUAGGGUACCUCUUAGCCAAUAGCGAUGGCAGAUUUGAAUUCAAAUGCAGUGCAGAGUUUUUACCUGACAACGGCACAACACUGACAGUUUUAGGCAGAAAAUUUAAAUUUUAACUAAAAUGCACUAAAGUGCAAAACUAUUGACUACACGUGUCUGCAGCACGAUUAGACACACAUUUACAUAGUUUAUCAGGAAAAAAAUGUUGAUUUGGGGGUGACUUGCUCUUUAACAUUGUUUCCUGUUUCAGAUGAUGUUUUACUACACAUAUUGGGAAUUGGUUUGUUGAUUUAGGCAAACAUGGCUCCUCCUGCCUGGUAAUCGAUUCAUAAAUCAUAGUUAUUUGAAACGCUUCAUUUCCCCAGCACUCCUACAGUGAAAGAGGAUUUUGUAAUGUGAUCUGCUCCUGCUAUUUCACAUUCGAAGAUGAGUAACUGAAGCUCUUGAAGAAAUGUGCUUAUUUCUGCAAAUACAGUAGGUCAUUGUGUUAUUUGCACUUUCCUCUCAGAGAAGCGUAAACAUUUGCAAGUAUUGUUCCCAUGAAGUGAAGUGGUUACAUAUCUACAUAUCGGGCUGUUGGCAGUCAUAUUUAAUAAUGCUCUCUGAAUGCUGUGAAGGAUCUUUGAGGUGACACCAAACGGGGUGUUUUAGUGCCAAAUCUAAUCAGGACAACACACGGAUACUGACGGUAGACACUUACCUUACGCUCUCUCGCCUUCUGUGUCAGCCAUUUAAAGUCAAACACAUUCCCCUUCAGGGAGUGUAGUUCAGCCUCUCCUUCAGCUCCACCCCCCACACCCCUGCCUCCCCUCUCCACCCCCAAACAGCCAGCAGACAACUCUGUUGACACCCACCCGCCUUCGAUCAAAGGGCAGAGCCUGUUUUGGCAGUUAUGGGCACAUCUGUUGCUUUGCUUUGUCUGGUCUUUAUUCUCUGCAUGUAUAUAUUUUAUCAUAUGAAUUAUUCUAUUAAAAUAUAAAUACGGUAAGAAAGAAAGUUGUGGUUUUAUUCUCUUGAGUGCUGUAUUGUAGAAAGAUUACAUACGAUUUUCUCCCACAGAGAACAUUGUUACAAUUUUUUUUUCAUUAUUUGAUGCAUUUUCUCAUAUUUUGACUGGAUAUUAUAAUUAUUGCUUUUCUGCCAGAUUUGAUUCAUAAAGUAUUAUAAACAGUUUAGUUUAAUAAAAACAAGUACAGAUAGCAGUUUGAGCAACAGUUGCAAUCCAUGCAUUACAGGGGUCACCCAAGGGUCACUAGAAUAAAUAAAUAUUUAAACGCGCAGGUCUCCCUGGUGGUGAUAAAGGAGAAAAUCCAAAAACAAACUUAACACACACACAAUCAAAAAUCAUAUUAAUUUAGAUUUAUACAACUAGCUUCAAAAUUGGCAUCCCGGAUAAGCCCCCAUUAUUAUAUCAUGGCUAGUCCAAAUAGGGCUUGUGAUUGUGACGUCAUCACCGACGCGUCCGCCCUGUUGGAGGCAUGUGAGUCCUUACUUGUUGCUUGUUACUACUGUAAACAGCGCGCUCAGUCUCGUUCUUGUGGCUUAAAUCAAUCUAUUAUUCAGUUGUUCGGUUUAAUUACACAACUCUAGUAAAUCGUUGCUGUGUUGUGGGGAUGACACAUGUGAUCGCCAGGGGAAUAAAGGUGGAAAACAAGCUAACUUUUCACCGUUUUCCUGCUUGGAGGCAAAACCACGGAGAUUACGUAUCUAGCUUAACAAAGUGUCGUCGGCUCACUUGGAUCGCAGCUAUAGGGCGACCAAACAUCACCAUCUGGAGUAUUUUCGUUCUGGUACACAGAUAGUGUACGUUUUUAAUGCAUUGUUUCUUUCCUUCAACUGCGAAAUGCACACUCACACAUACACACACAGAGGCUACACUCACAUACCGGUAAGCUAAUGCAGGCACUCUGAUGCACAACACAACUUCUCCUGCAACACUUCUGUGAGAUGACAAUUUUGAUUGUUUUACUAGAAAAAACGGCAAAAACAUUUACAUCCACUCACAACACAAACAAGAAAGCCGAAAAUGUCCGUUAUGCAGAACUGCGGCGGCAACAAUAUCAUCAGUGCUCCGGUCUUGGGUCUUUCACGUGGAUCAAAACCAUUUAUAACUCUGAUUUUGUCCACAUACUGAUCCCCAAUGUCUUUAUUUAACCUAUACCUGUAUAUUCCGCAUCCUUUUUUAAAUUUUAUAAUGUUGUUUAACACUUUCUUUCAUCCAAAUCCACUUCUUCGCUGCAGCAGUACUGUUUGUUUCACGGUGCGUUUACACUUGUCAGCCUUGCACAACAUGGCCACGCACAUCCCAGAAUGCAAUGCGUACUCACGUGUGAUCACGAGCCCUGUACUAAAACGGUGCUUUAAUUUAUAACCCUAAUGUGUAUUUUAAAGGCUUGAAUCAUCCUAAACAUUAUUGUCCAUGCAAUAAUACCUUCUUAUGUUUGUUUUUAAUUGUUCCAGAUGGAGAAUUGGGCCAGUUGAAGGUGAAUGUUAACUCUGGAGUGGUAUUUUGCUUGUUGUUCAAUUACAGCUCAGGUUAAGUAAUUGAAACAAGAUUUGGUAAGCUACAUUUAGGUCUUGACCAAAUUUCACUUUCAGAUGCCAUACUUGGGUCUUUUAACUGCCAGAACAUAUGAUGUAACUUAUGAUAUAAAUCCUGUCUGAAAUGGUCUCAAUUUACAUUAAAAACUUUAAAAGAAAUUAAAAAAAUGUAUAGUUUGUCAUAGUCAUGAACGCAGACUUGUGUAGUUCAUUUUGCUUUUGCAACCAGAUCAUAGUAUUUUGGUGGUCUUGUGGCACUUGGAAAGUAGGUUAUGUGGAUGUUUAACUGGGUUAAAGUACAAAGCUUGUCUGUCUGGUGGAAAUUUUCCUUUCUGUAGCCCAACUUCCCCCCUUUUUCCGUCUUUCAAAUGCCCUCCCUUCUCGUUUCCGAUCCAUCCUUGCGUCAUUGUUUUGAAUGGAGAACCCUCCACUGUUGCAUUUCCCUCCUUCGCAGGAAAAAAGGGGUGCGGUGGGGGCUUGUGGAGGCGUGUGCUGCGGCGUCCAAUUGCAGCCCGCCUUUGCUGCUGAACCGCACAUGUUUACAAGCAGCUAUCCGCCGGUAAAGGCCCCCACUCGGUGGAAACAAACGACGGACUGGAUGUCGCACGAGACGGAACCGGAGCCGUCUAACGGUUGUGUUUUUUCACCGUUUUUUGACAUAUAAACGAAAGUCGCUAGUUGUAUAGCCGAGUCAAGUGACAUGGCUCGACGUCCUCGCCCUCGUUCGCUCGAAUCCGAGACGGUUUUCUUUGAAAGGGGCGCCAUUUUGUUUAAUCGUGUGUGGACGUCUUUUCGGGUACGGGACGUGGUGAUUGGUCCGUGUUUUCCCGCCGCCCCCUCCGCUUGAGGAGAGCAGUGGGGAAAACAAACAGGUCGAACGGACGGAGAUUGUUAGCCGGUUGGAUGUGGGGCUCGUGUAGCGGCGAAUGAAUCGGUUUAUCGUGUUGUUUUCCGGUGCUAAUUCAAAGUUCUUCGGUUCCAACGUGCUUCUGAAUUCGGUGCAUUCGGGACGCUGAGUGGAGUUUGCGUUCCCUCGAGUAUGUGGCCGCUUUCUAACGUUUUGCCAGGGUUGUCGGAGCGUUUACUAGUUCACCCGCUGCGGUUUGGUGCUUUCCUCGACGUUGUUUACCGGUCGUAAUUCGACGAUUUAUUUAUAAAAUCCACCGGGUCGACUGUUUUGAAUACAGGGGCGCACUUUUUGGACAUGCAUACCAGGCGCCUGGUGAAGCGGUCUGUCCUUGGUAGCCGCGUUUAUGCUACGAGUCCGACGGGGGACGGUGCCCCGGUCACGGGGGUGGUCCAGGCUGUCAAGCAGGAAAACAGAGACGUCUCGGCCGCCGGGGUCCGGCGGAGCGUUUACACCGUGCUAAUGCAGGACGGGAGCCUGAAGGAGUUCACCGAGGAGGAGCUAGCCGCGGGCUCCAGCCACACUGCAGCCAAAGGACCGCUCAAGCCAAGCCUGAAGCAGAGCUCCAGUAACGGAGUCCCAGAAGGCCAAAAGGUGGAGGGGGGCUGCCUGAGUUCAGAGGCGGUGGAGGAACCAAGGCUGGCGGACGGCAAGCGUGUUAGCCGGGACCCCGACGCCCGAUCAGUGUCUCUGCUGGAGCAGAAACGCAAAGUAGUCUCAUCCAGCAUCGAUGUCCCACAUGCCAGAAGGUCUGAGGAGGAGGUGGAUAUGGACAAAGUGACGGCUGCCAUGGUUCUGACGAGCCUGUCCACGAGCCCGCUGGUCCGGAGUCCACCAGUCAAAGUUAGCGAAGGUCUGAGUGGUUCGUGGAAGGAGAACGGCUCAGCUGGACCCUUCACCCCAUCGAGCAACAGCUCCUCGGGAGGCUACUGGAGCUGGUCCGCUCCCAGCGACCAAUCCAACCCUUCCACGCCUUCUCCACCACUCUCCGCCGACAGCUUCAAGCCAUUCCGCGUACCAAGCCAAGGCGGCGUGGGGCCCGGCCCGGCGGGAGUCGAGGACCCGAGUCUGGAUGAGCAGGACGGCAGCAGCCUCCUCUUCGAUGAGCCAAUCCCUCGCAAGCGCAAGAACUCCAUGAAGGUGAUGUUCAAGUGCCUGUGGAAGAACUGUGGCAAAGUGCUGAGUACCACCGCUGGCAUUCAGAGGCACAUCCGCACCAUCCACCUGGGACGGAACUGCGACUCGGACUGCAGCGACGGCGAGGAGGACUUCUACUACACAGAAAUCAAGUUGAACACCGACUCCGUGGCCGACGGAUUGAGCAGCCUGUCGCCCGUGUCGCCCUCCGUCCUCUCCCCCCCGCCUGCUCUCCCCUCCCUUGGCCAGCUGGCGGACUCUCACCGUCCCCCGCAGC